AUGAGCGCGGCGUAUGUCAUCCUCAAGGCAAUCAUGAAGCGUUCUACCAUCGGAUGGCUCUUGAUAGCUCAUAUCUCGAUCGCUCUGGCGUCAAACUCGGGAAGGGUGAUUGCUCGAGUUCGAGCUGAUACCCCUCAAGUUACUUGGGGCGCGACUGAUACGGCCAAUGUAGUUCCUUUGGGAGGCCAAUGCGGUGGACGAGACUAUACAGGGCCAACGACUUGCCAACUCAUCCCUGACGCACGGGUAGAAUGCGUUUUCAUCAACACCUUGUCAAAUCAUCGGACCAACGACAACAGCAACACCAUCCCCAACCAUCACUUCCUCACCCUGUCCUUCUCCCCCAUGUCCUCUGUGCAUUCCAGGCCACGGAACUACCACAUGGAUAAUCGGCAGUUGUCCUCAAUGCGCAUGCGUGCCAUUCACCUUGUCCCCCUGGUGUGUGACCCCGAAACCCACCUGCUCUUGUACAGACAACUGGAUCCCCGUGACGACCACAGGAAGUGA